AUGGAAUUAGACUGCACGUAUUCCAUACCAGGACCCUGCACACAUUCAAUCGAAGCGUGCAAAAGCAUGCUGCAGCGGUUGGUGCAUGGCCCUGUGGUGCGCGCCCAGCAAGUCAGCACUGGUGGCAACUUUGAGGUGAGUCUCGUGGUGUCGGGGCUUGACGGCGGCCGCGCGCGGCGUGUUGCCAGGUCCCGCGUGCUGCUGCAGCUGGGCGGCGCGGUGGCGGCGCGCGACCUGCUGUUCGCGCUGGCGACGCUGGGCGGCCAGGGCUGGUGGCAGCCGCGCGCCUCCGCCGGCUGCGUCGCGCUGGGGGUGGCGCUGCACUACGCGCUGCUCGCCGCCGCCGCCUGGACCACGGCCGCCGCCGUGCUGCAGCUGCUGCGCCUCAGCACUGUCGCCGGCGCGCAGGCACGAGUCCCGCACGUCGUGCUGGUGUGUUCGGCGUGUUCGUGGUUGUCGCCGCUGUUGCCGGUGGGGGUGCUGUUGGCUGCCUCGGGACCCGCGGCGGGCUACCCGCUACGUCAGGACAGCGCUUCAGACUUCCUGUGCUACCCGCAAGGAGCCGCCUUCUACGCCUCUGUCCUGCUGCCAACCGCUGCCUGCGUCGUAGUCAACGCCGCCAUCUUCCUCUACCUGCUGUUCACAGUGCUCUUCCCGGCCUGCAGCUGUGGAAGCGGCGUUGUAGUUACCAGACACGGGCCCUCGCAGCUGCGGCGGCGCGCCCUCACCGCGGUGAUGCUGUUCUUCCUGCUGGGCCUGCCAUGGCUGCUGGGGCCGCCGGCCAGGGUGCCUGCACUCGCCUACCUCUUCUGUGUCGUCGCCACGCCGCAGGGGCUGGUGCUGUUCGUGUUCUUCGUGCUGUGCAACAGCAAGCUGCGCAAGCGCCUGAGCAGCGCGGUGCUGACUUCGUUGCCGACGUCCAGCAGCUCUCGGGCGUCCAGCACGCGCAAGCAGAAGAAGCAGCCGCCGGGAACCCCGGGCACGUCGCCGCCUACGUCGUCUUCCGCGGUGCCGACGUCUGGAGACGGCAGCGUCCGCAGCCGGCAGCGGCAAACCGAGCGCCCGCUGCAGAAGGGGCCGCCCGUGCUGCUGACGCGCUACGCUCUGGUGGGCGAGGACGGCGAGGUGCGGUACACGUUCGACCUGGGCUCCUGGUCACCGGACGACGGCAACCCUACUGACGCUGCCUACAUGCCGACCUCUCCGGAGCGGCGCUCUGUCACCAAGUACGUCUUCCCAGAGCCGGAACCAGAACGGGACGACGACCAGUAACAGCAACUGGUCCUGCACUAUCCUGCUUCUAUCUCGCCGGAAAGGUUGUAAUCGCACAGGCGCAGAGAAGCAACUCCAGUGGACACACACAUUUCGUGCUGAUUGGCGAGUUGUGGACUGGUGGGAUACGGAAUGAUAAUUUUGCUGUCUUUCGCUACUUUUGUUCCAUUAUCUGUGCUGAAGAGUUACAGCGUUGUGAACUGCCGCAUGGAGUAGCGAGUAGGACUCUGGACACUGCACAUUACUGGAACAAGUGUUGCUCGCAGGGGUUUUUGAGAAUGACAGAGUUAAGGUGGGUUCAGACGCAUAGCUUGUGGCAAAUUGUAGCGGCACAAAGGGUGCAACACGUUCUAGGUGUAGUUAGCUGACAAUAGUCUGAAUGAGUUUUCAGGGGGUCGUGGACAGCGGAGGAAGCCAGGCCCUCGCAGCGGCUGUUGGCACAGGGGCAACCGAGGAGUGAUGGGGGAACAAGUCAAGCACGAGGACCACGAGAAAGACAGACCGUGGCGCGUCCGUCACAGCACGUGACACCGGAUGUCUUACGAAUGCCACCACCCGUCUCCGGCAGGGGGCGAGUAACUAUUUCAGACGAGUUUAACAAUACUUGAUUCUGUGUUUAAAUGUAAUCACGUUCUCGACAGCACACGACAAGAUUAAGAUCUUUAGUUGGUACGCGUUCAAAUAAAUUUUGAUUUCCCGUGGGCCCAGCACGGAGCUAAGCGUUCGCGAAGUGUAGUGGACAAGCUGCCUAGUGUGACGUCACAAGUUCGUUGGCAUCACUGCUGAUACAACAUACGUGCCUACUGAGUUGGCAUGGCACAGCUCGACAGUCUCUUCGUAAUGGCUGUGGCGCACGUGGGUACCGUAUUCUUAGCUCGUAAAUGUUGACAUCUGUUGGACACAAAACAUUACCUCUCUCUUAAUUUAUAAACUCCGCAGAAGCUUGUAAACUUUCCCUCUUUCUAAUCGGCUAAACAAAUGCCAUGAUAGUGUAAGCCUUAUCGUAUCACGAAUAAUAACCGAUUAGUGAAGAAAGUGUACAGCAAGUUACUUCUACAAAUACUUACUCUUCAUCUUAGGUAAAUUUAGAAUGAUAGUUAUAAAAUACUGCAAAACACAUAUCUAAGAUAAAUGAAACGUAGCGCGAAAUUUUGAAUAGCCUACAACAGCUUAGUGAAAACAUUUCCAGAUUCCUACGCCAAUCUAACUGAAUUAAUUAUGCUGACUAAUCUCUUAGCUAUCAGAAGAGUAAUCGCUAUGUCACUUACUUGAACAACGGUAAGCUGACGAAUCAGUUUGCAGACGAAACCAACAGAUGUACGUCACUCAAUUCGAUAGAAAAAUAUUAUCGUUUUAAAUUACUAAAGAAAAUCAAAUGCAGUAGUGUUAAAAAUGCAAAUAAUCGUUCCAGAAAUGGCUAAAUAGUGAGCUCUCUCUAUUACAGUCAAAAUUGCGUGACCUUCAAUAAAGGUUUACCUGUAGUGGGAAAACUCAUCUCCACAAAUAGAGAUUAUAGAAUUUCAAUUUUUAACUUAUUUACAAUUUCUCUACGGAACAAUAACUGUCAAACUUCAACGCAGUUCAAACGCCGAAAUACGAAACCCCAAGCAAGAAACAGAAAACACUUUUACAAAAUCAACCUAAAAUGAAAAUUCCAGAAAAAUAAAAUUCUA